GAGUGAGCUUGGAAGCACGUGCCUGACAUAUCCAAUGCGAUAGAGCUCCCAAUGGUUGAGUAAACACUAUCUGUAUCACGACUACGAUAACAUCUCAUGUCAAGAUCUGAUCAGAUAACACGAACUUCCAAGUGACGACUACAUUUGUCGUUUUGGUCGCGGACAAGAUGAGGAAGAACGGUAGUCUGACCAACGACCAAGAGGUCAACUACGCGGCCAAUGUCGCCGCGAGAGGUGCCGUCGUCGGCGCAGCAAAGUGGGGAAUUUUCUCCCUCGUCGCCGGCGGCGUAGCCUGGAACUACAGUCCCCUAUUCCGCAAUCUGACCUUUCAAUUUAAAGUAUUUCUAGGAAUGUCCUUCAUGGUGCUAGGCAGCAUGAUGGAAGCCGACAAACGGCUCCGCGAACACGAAAUUCUGGUGAGGAACCAGAAGAAGAUAUUACGCGAUGCGGAGGUUUGGAGGAGAUAUGAGGAGGACUAUCAGGCGCAGGCUUCUGCUUCUUCAAGGGAGGGAAGAGGGAGGGGCGGCGGAGCUGAGAAGGGGAGGAUAGAUCAGAGUAUCCGGAGGGAGGAAUGAUGGUAUUUCUGGUACGAUUCGCGAGUUGAAGGAGGAAGGGAGGGAGCCCUGGAGAGUAUGCGCGGGUCGUUUGCGAUGGAUCUGGAUUUCGAGAAAAAUGUAUGUCAUGAAGAAGAAGAAGAAGAAGAAGAAGAAGACAUGUCUCCGUCUCAGCGAACAUGUUGUUGUUCACAUUUAUUCACAUUUCUCUCCCACACAGUAGCGAAA